GAGAGAGAGGGGUUUGGUGCAGCGCCGCGAUCACGGAUUUCAGAUGUGUUCUAAGCCUGCCGGGGUGAGCACGCUUCAAGGCACUGAUGGAGACGAGAGCUCAGCACGGCAGCGGAUCGCAGGCCUUACUACAGGCUCGGCGUGACAGUGGGAGACCGCAUGGGGAGCCGGACCUGCGGGAUGUCCUGAUGCAGCAGGUUCACGUCUUGUCGUUGGACCAGAUCAGAGCCAUCCGAAACACGAAUGAGUACACAGAGGGACCUACAGUGGCUCCACGGCCCGGGUUUAAGACCGCUCCUCGGCUAGCAACCCAACCCAAAAAUGAAAGGCCCCAUGUCUUGCCUGAGCACCGUCAUGUUAGCCGGAUUCAGCACACGCAAACACACACCUCUCCUCGGGCACCUCUGUCCCGGUCCAUCAGCAUGGUCAGCACAGGUUCACGGAGCAGUACAAGGACAAGUACGAGCAGUAAUUCAUCUGAACAAAGACUUCUAGGUUCAUCUUCAGGGCCAGUUGCUGAUGGGAUAGUCCGAAUGCAACCGAAGUCUGAGCUCAAGUCAAGUGAGCUGAAGCCGCUGAGCAAAGAAGACUUGGGAGCACACAGCUACAGGUGUGAGGACUGUGGAAAAUGUAAGUGUAAGGAGUGCACUUACCCAAGGACCCUCCCGUCAUGUUGGAUCUGUGACAAACAGUGCCUUUGCUCAGCCCAGAAUGUGGUUGAUUAUGGGACUUGCGUUUGCUGUGUGAAGGGCCUCUUCUAUCAUUGCUCUAACGAUGAUGAGGACAACUGUGCUGACAACCCCUGUUCCUGCAGUCAGUCGCAUUGCUGCACUAGAUGGUCUGCCAUGGGUGUGGUGUCCCUCUUUCUGCCUUGCUUGUGGUGUUACCUACCAGCCAAGGGUUGCCUUAAGUUGUGUCAGGGCUGUUAUGACCGGGUAAAUCGGCCUGGGUGCCGCUGUAAACACUCCAACACCGUUUGCUGCAAAGUUCCCAGUGUCCCCCCCAGGAACUUUGAAAAGCCAACAUAGCAUCACUAGUCAGAAAUACUAAAGUAACAAGGGUUAUUUUAACGUACAUAUGCAACCAACUAAGCAGCUGUGGUCUUGGCACUGUAGUUGUAGGGUUGGGUUUAUACUUCACUGUUUGCAGUGAAAUGCUUUUUGCUGUGUGUGCCAUCUUAACUGAUACGCUUGUUAGAAUCCAGCUAGUGGCAUACAGGAAAAAAGAAGGGAUGCAGUACAUCGUGACCCACAUAUUGCAUAAGCUAAAGCAACACAGACACUCCUAGGCAACUCUAUUGUUUGUGAAUAGUACUUGCAAAAUUUGUAAAUUAGCAAAUGACUCCUUUUUUUUUCAUUGUUUUCUGCCAGAGAUAAUGUGCUAUAUUUUUGUAUAUACGAUAAUAUUUUCAACUGUGAAAAGUAAGUGGUGUCAUAAGACAUGGCACAGUCACAAAAUAUUAUACUAAUAUGUUGUACAUUCGGAAGAAUGUGAAUCAAUCAGUAUGUUUUUAGAUUGUAUUUUGUCUUACGGAAACCUUCUAUUGCAAGACUCUG